UUGGAAGAGAACAGAGGAAGAAUAAGAAGAGAGUGGUCAGCAGUUCAAGCCUUUGAAGAGAUAUUGAAUGGAAUGAUUUUGAGACAGGGUUUGAGUAUAAGUGACUUCCUGUUAUCCAGUUAAGUCUUAAAAACUUGCCUAAAACAAAUCCGAAGAAGCCAAUGUACCCCUAUUGUGCAUCCAUGAAUAAAACCCUGUGCCUUCCCAAUCAAUCCCAUUCUUCUUCUCAAUUCUAAAACACCUCAAAAUCCUCGUCCAAUCACACUGCCUAAAUCUCUUCCUAAGCAAACUAAAAUCUCUCAGCUGGAUCCUGCCAGGAUCCAGCUGGGCAAGAAUUUUAGAGUGAUUAAGAAAGACUUAAAGAUGGUGACUGGACUGAAAGGAUUUAGGAAGAAUGCAAGAGUUCAAAUGAAAUUUAAUUUAAAGAGACUCCGAGAACGCCUAAAACUCAACACCCAACCGCCCAAAAAGACCUCCUUCCUUUCCCUGCCAAAAGACCCACAAGACCCAGAACCUACCAAACUAAUGAACAAGUCCUUCCAAAUCCAAGAAUGCACACUCCUCAGCAGGACUCUUUCAAACCAAAAACUCUUAAAGAACACUAAAGGAUUUUCUAAAGGCAUGAGAAUUUCUAGGUUGAGCUCAGAUUUUAAGCAUCCUUGAAAAGAAGCGGAUAGCAAGUGGAGACUGAGCAAGAGGAAAGAUGAGAUGAAAGGUAGUUAUGGGGUGCAAGAAAAAAGAGGAGACCGAGGGAUGAUCAAUAUUGGAUGGAGUUUGAAAGAUAGAGGAGAUAAGUAGGGCUAAAGAUCGAAUGGAUUGAUUGAAAGUACCCAGUAUUCCGAAUUUAGCAGGCUGUGUAAAUAAAGAAGGCACAAGUCUUGUAGAUUCUUCAAGGUCUUCGGUGUUCGGAUCAAAUGAUUUUGGAAUAAAUGAAGAGUUCAAAGCAUCAGAUCCAUAUAGUAACCAAAACUUUUCAAAAGUCAUAUUUCACCCAAGAAAAUCUCGAUAAAUUUAGCAUCA